AUGGCAUCCCGCCACCACCACGGCUGCUUACGGCGUCAGAACCACCACGAUAACGUCCCUCUAGUCGCCACGUCAUCACGCUGCUGCACCUACGCUGAUUCUACUCCCUGCUGCACCCAAUCCAACCACCCUUCGCCACCGCCGCCGGAUAAUCUUCUUCAUCUCGUCGCUUCUUACCUCCAAAAUCAGCAGCAAGAAGGGCAAUGUCCUGACCAAGCCUGCUCCUGCGAAACCCAAGGUGUGAGAUUCAACGGUAUUAGACGCCAGCAAGGUGUUUUGCACCCGCAGAAGAAUGUCCCACGAGAAUACGACCAUGUCAUCCUCUCUUGUCUUCUUCGGAAAAUCGAUGACCUCGAGUCGUCUCUCAACCAGUUUUCAGCUCGCCAUGAGCAACGUCGCGAUCGGCACUCUACACUGAGAGAUUCGGCGGCGCGUGUCAUUCAAACCCAUUUCCGCUCUUACCUGGUUCGGAGAUCCGUAUCCUUUAGGCAUCUUAAGGAACUCGCAACUAUCAAAUCCAGCUUCUUGUCUCUCAAGUCUUCGGUUUCAGGGAAACCCCAUUUCCCUUUCAAAGCUGUUUCUCGGAAAGCUACAGACUUGCUUCUGCAACUGGAUUUGAUUCAGGGUAGGAUUGAUCCAAUGAUAAGAAACAGCAAGAGAUCAAUGAGCAGAGAUUUGGUGAGGUUUUUGCAGUACAUUGAUGAUUGUGUUGUUAAAAGGUAUGAUUUCGUUGGUAAGUCUGCAGUAAGUGUGAGCUUUAUGGGUAGCCACAGCAAACUUAAGGGCUCUGAUGGCAAAAAGCCUUCUGGUGUAGGAGAAGACAGAACAAUCGAGAAAUUGAGAAACCGAAUGGAGAAAGUCUUUGUUACUUCCUCUGAAGAGGAUGAAGAUAGCAAUGCAGAGGUAGAAGAGUUGGACUCCAUGACUGAUGAUGGUGAAAAAGUCCCAAUGGAUUCUACUGAUAAGAGAAAGAUUGGUAGCUCUAAGUUUAGAGCUGGGGCCUUUGUGAAAGGCAAUGGAGUGAAGCCUCCGUUGAGAAAAUUCAUGGUAUAUGGAAAUACACAUGAUCUAUCUUCGAGUGCAGAGGAUGAUUCAGUUGAUAGUGGCGAGGAAACCUUCGUGAUGUCUAGGGAUAAUGAAAGGAAGCAUGGUUCGAAAACUAGGAACGUGGUUUUGGUUAAAGGAGGUGGAGGAAAAAAACGGGUGGUGAAAACUGUCAGCUUUGAUGAGAAUGGAAACGUAUAUAAGGUUUAUGGAGAUACGCCAGAGUCAAGCAUAAGCGAGGAAGAUGACUUGACAAGUGGAUCAAAUGAUGGAAGUGAAGACAAGAAAGGGAAUGGGAAUGAGGUUGAGGAAAUCAAAUAUGUGCCCAAGGAAAACGAGAGAUUUGAAGAAGAAGAAGAAACUCUUUCUGAAAAUGAAGUCUCUUCUUCAGAAGGCAGUGAAGGGGAUGCAAGAAAUGGCAAUCACCCGGGAAGUAAUGAAGAACAACACAAGAGGAAGAUCCAGGUUCAAAAAGGAAGCUUAAUGUUCUCUCCUCCAUUGCCACUAAAAAUGGAACCUUGA